AUGAGGUCACAGAGCUCUGUUUGAUGUCACGUUCCAGAGCCCCACUGUGUUCUUCAGUGCUCGCUCUGGGCAACACUGCAGCAGCAGCAGCAGCAGCAGCAGCAGCAGCAGCAGCAGCAGCAGUAGCAGAGUGUUUCUAGCAGGGGGGAUCAUGGUCCUGAGCCGCUACCUCCUGCUGCUCUUUCUCGUGGCCCUGCCAGCCCAGAAUGCCCAGAGUGCUCCAGCAGCUGGGCAGGGAGCAGUUGUGGACACAGAGAGUGCUCUUUCAGCCCCUGAGCGAGGGGCAGAUACCGUGCUGACUCCGAGCUGGUACCUCAAGCGGAUGAACGAUGACAAGGUUCCUGAAGAGUUUCCUGAAGGAUUGCCGGAUGUUCCAGAGGAGCUCCUGGCAGCCUUGCAUGAAGCCCCAUCUGAGACAGAUUCUGAGACUGUGCCGGAGACCUUAGCAGUGGAAGAAAGUGACACUGUGCCAGGCUCACAUGAAAAAAGAGAACCAAUAGAGGACACCAGGACACUUGCUGAGCCUGAGGAAUAUUCAGGGUCAUCCGCUGGGCAAAAAGCCGAGACUGCUGGACACCGUGACCCGAGCAAGUACUACAUCCUAGUAGGAACAGUAGCAGCCUCAGCUUUGCUUCUGCUUGGGGCAGUGUCUGGCUAUCUAGUCAUGCAUCAGCUGCUGAAGAGAGACAGGAGGAGCCAGGAGGACAAAGAGGCAACAGGACAGGACUGGGACUCUUCCUGGCAAAGCUGUGGUCAGCCUAGAGGUGAAGCAGAGCCAGGAGAAGGAGCGGGAAGUGGCGAGAGAGCCCAAGGCAACGGGUUCAGGGACAGCUGCCGCCUGUUUCCUGAGCUCUUUGCAGCAGAGCUCGCCCAGCUGUACAAGAACAUGAGCGCAGACCAGUCACCUCUGCCCACCUGCUCCUUCUGUGCUCUGGCUGACAACGCCUCUUCACGGGACCACUGGAUUUCCCUGGAGUCACCUCAGCCCACAGCAUCCUCUUGGCCCUCCUACCAAUACCUGCAGGACUACCAUCUCUUAGAGGAUGAUGAUUAGUGAUAGUGAUAGAUGAUUAGUGAUAGUGAUAGCCAUAAAUAGUGAUAGUGGUAGUGAUUCUUUUAGUGCUAGUGAUAGGGACACUUGAUAUUAGAGGGUGGUGGUUGUUUUAAUGAUAGUGAUAGUUAAUAUUAGAGGAUAGUGAUGGUUUUAAUGAUAGCGUUAGUUAAUAUUAGGGGAUAGUGAUUGUUUUAAUGAUAGCGUUCUUUGAUAUUAGAGGAGGGUGAUUGUAUUAGUGAUAGUGAUAGUCAUAAAUAGUGAUAGUGGUAGUGAUUCUUUUAGUGCUAGUGAUAGGGAUACUUGAUAUUAGAGGGUGGUGGUUGUUUCAAUGAUAGUGAUAGUUAAUAUUAGAGGAUAGUGAUUGUUUUAAUGAUAGUGUUAUUUGAUAUUAGAGGACAAUGAUUGUAUUAGCGAUAGUGAUAGUUAAUAUUGGAGGAUGGUGAUUGUUUUUGUGAUAGUGGUACAUUUAGUGGUAGUGAUACUUGGUAUUAGCAGACAAUGAUUGUUUUCUUGAUCUUGAUAAAUAAAUAUUUUUCCAAAAGCAGUAAGUUCUUGCCUGCUGCGGCUGUUUCUGUUGGGGUAGAACGCACAGAGCUGGGAGCAGGGCUGGGGCUGUGACAGGAGCUCUGAGAAACUUGCACUGCAGUGCAGGAGCUGCUUGUGCCACCUCAGCCUGCUUUCCCAGCAGUGGCCAUUCACAAAGCUUUCCUGCACCAGCACGGGGACACGCUGGCUAGCAGCGACAUGCAGAAACUUCUCUGGGAGCUCAUUUGGGAUGCUGCCCUGAAUCAGGAAGGUCUGGGCAGAGAGGGAAAGAUGUUCUGCGAGGGAUGGCUGUCCAGCAGUGAGCACAUCAAGGAGACCCGAGGUGGUGACUUAGGUCGUGGCAGUCCCUCCCUGAAGAGCUUCAAGAGAGGAGCAUCAAGGAGCGGAGAGCUGGAGCCGGGCUGUGUGAGAGGGGAAGGAAUGUCCUAUCAAUCACAGGAGCCUUCUUAAAAAUUAGAUGGAUAACAGCGACUAUAAUUAUAAUAAAAAUUACAGUCUUGUCGCACGCAGUAUGGGAAAAAAGCCCAGAGCUGGAAUGCAACAGAGAACUUUUGUGGAGGAUUUUGUGAACAGCUAGCUAGUUGACAAAGGUCACACUGAUAUAAUAGCGUUAGUUAAGCAAGAAGGAGAUGGGUAUAGGAGUCAGCAGUCAGUGUCCAAAUCUGGCAAGGGCACUGUGCCCUUGGUGCAACAUCAGGAUGGGGGAGAGGAUCGUUAGUUAGAAAUAUGAAGAAAAGAUGUGGACAGCUGCAACAUAGUAGCCACAAGAAUGCUAAGGUAGGCGUAGUUAGCUGAUAAGUAACUAACCAAAAAUGAGCUCGACUUUUGCAAUAUGUAUUGGCCUCAUUAGCACCAAUAUAAAUGUAUGUGCCUAUCAAUAAAGUUUUGAGAUUUGCUGAUCACUCAUAUUGAGUGCCGCAUUUCUUCCGCCGAUUACCACAGGCCUCAAUCCACUACUUUUAUCCCAGCAAGUACAGUGAGACAAGAGGACCCCU